AUGGAAUUUCAAAAUUUGUUGGAAGGCAUUGAACAAUUUCCCAUCAACAAAACAAUCUCUUUAAGCUCUGACAAAAAAGUCCUGGCUUAUAUAAAGGAAUCUGACCAGGUUCUAGAAGCUUGUUUUGCUACAAAUCAGGAAGCUCUCAUUCUUCACUGGGGAAUUGGAAUAAAACAUCCAACAGAAUGAGUUUGUCCUAUUGACAUAGAAGGUAUCAUCCCUCCUGAAAAUUCUCUCAAAUUCGAUACAAAAGCUGCUCAAUCCCCCUUCGCUGAAGUUUCUGAGUCUCUUUAUCAAUUGAAUAUUCUCAUUGACAAAGCUCAUCUCCCUAAAAGGAUAAAUUAUGUAUUCAAGACCGAAAACCAAUGGUUCAAUAACAAUGGAAAUAAUUAUGAAUUAUUGCUUUUCAGAGACAAAUCAUUGCCUGUUGGUGAAGAAGGCGAAUUAGUAGAAAAUAUUAUUAAAGUAGAAACAGUGAAUAAUUCAUGAUGCCUAAUGCACAGAUUUAACCUCUGCAAAGACUGAAUCAGAAGGCUUGGAAAUGGCAAUGUCCAUCACUUAGCCUGGAUUUACGUAUGGAUGAGAUACUCAGAACUGAGAAAAUUAGACUGGGCGCGAAAUUAUGGAACAAGGCCAGCCUUACUAGCUGCAAGCCAAAAAGAACUCACUUUAACAAUAACUGAGCAAGCUUUAUCAGCUUCUAAAGAAGGCUUACUUAAUCCUUUGAUACUUCUAAGGAGCACUUUAAGCACCUUCGGCAAAGGAGGAGACAAUGGUCAAAGAAUCCGUGACCAGAUUUUAGAAAUUAUGCAUAGACAUAAAAUAGGUGAAACCUAUGGAACUUAUAUGGAACAAUGGCACCAGAAAUUGCACAAUAAUACCACUCCUGAUGACAUUGGGAUUUGUGAAGCCACAAUUGCCUUUAAUGAGACAAACAAUAUGGGAAAAUUCUGGGAAGUUUUAAACAAGCAUGGAAUCACCAGGGAAAGAUUAGCUUCAUUUGACAGGCCAAUUACAACUCAGCCUUCUUAUAUGCCGUUUUUGAUAUAGCGCUUUCCUGAGGAUGGCGCGGAAUGGCGCCAUCCUCGGGAAAGCCAGGAAGGCAUCCACACGGGAACUGGGAGUUCCACGUGUGGAUGCCAUUUUGACAUGUGGAAGUUUGGAUCCCACAUGUCAAAAAUGGCAUCCACACGUGGAACUCCCAGUUCCCGUGUGGAUGCUUAGUUGACUUUCCCGAGGAUGGCGCCAUUCCGGUCCAUCCUCGGGAAAGCGCUAUACCUGAUUUGCAUAAUUACUUAGCUUUACUUAAAUCUGUCCAUUCAGGGACUGAUUUAAAUACAAGCAUUGAUGCUGCGAGGCAAUUUCUAAAUGAUGAAAUAAACCAAAAAUUAAAUGAAAUUAUGGGAAACUUAAAUCACUGGGACAAAAUCCCUCAGAUUGAAAGAGCUAUACAAGCUAGAAUUGGUAUCAACAGAUCUUUUGACAGAAGAAACCUUUUUACGUGCAGGGAAUUAUUAUAUUGUGAUAUGGCUCUUGAAGCUUAUAUAAGGCAAAUUGUUGAGUCAAUUCUUCAUUGUAGUAUUGGUACAAAGCACCUGAUGAGAGAGCUAAAUUUAUUAUUAGAAAAUUCUUUAUUAACCUGUGAAAACCAAGAAUUUGUUGUGGCUAGUAAUGAUUGGAAAAGCAUAAUGGGGAGAUUUUCAGAAUCAUUUGAAAAUAAUGUAGAUCAAGUACUUAAACUUAAAGCGGCAGCUGAUAGACUGUCAAGAGUUUUAGGGUUAUCUGUUGACGCUUAUAAUCAAAUUAUUGACCCUAAAGCUAAAUAUUUAGGAAAUAAUUUUGGGGUUGAUGAAGAUACUGUAGACAUUUUUACUGAAGAAAUGAUAAGAGGCUCCAAUUUAUCACCAUUGUCAGUUAUCUUGAAAAAAAUUGAUAUACAGUUUAGAGCUUUAGCAAAGCUAAAACCUUGGCAAAUUAUCAGUCCUGGACAAAAUUCUCAAGGAAGGCUGCUCCAAGUAGAAUCCUUGCAUGAAGUUUCAUAUGAAGUAUAUAAAGAGCCGAUAAUUUUGCUAGCUCAUAAGGUAACGGGAGAAGAAGAAAUUCCUGAAGGAGUAAAAGGGAUUAUUUCGUGCACUGAAUUAGAUGGAUUAGCCCAUGUUUCGGUUCGUGCUAGAAAUGUCAAGGUAUUGUUACCCUAUUAUUUUUAUUUUUUUUAAAAAUAUAUACUAAUUUAUAAUUUUGAAAAAAAUUGGCUGGAGGAUUUAGCCAUUUGUUAUGAUGAAAAUGAAAUCAGAAGAAUCCAAGAAUUUGCUGGGAAUCCUGUAAAUGUAGCCUUGACAAGUGGUGGAGUUAAUAUUACUAGAAUUGACCAUCUAGUUGUAGAAGAAAAAGUCAAUAUAGAAAGACCAGACGUUAAAAAGCCAAACCAGCUUAGAAAAAUUGCAAUCAGUGCAAAUGAAUUUGGAGAUGGCAAAACAGGAGCAAAGGGCAAUAACUGUCAAUUUUUAAGACAAUCUUUGCCAGAAAGAAUAGGAGUCCCUCGCCAAGUUGCUCUUCCAUUUGGGGUUUGUGAAUAUGUUUUAUCGCUACCUAUAAACUCAGAAAGACUUAUCAAUCAUAAUACUUUGAGUGACCAGCUUGACGAAGUCGGUCUUGACAAGUCAGCAGAAGAAAUUUUAUCAAAAUUACGAGAAAUUAUUUUAAGUUUAGAAAUUGAUGAAGAAAAUGCAGGAAUCAUCCAAGAGCAAUUAGCAUCAAUAAACUUGCCAAGAAAUCAAUGGCAAGAUGCAUUUUCCGCUAUAAAAAAGGUAUGGGCUAGCAAAUAUAAUGAAAGGGCUUAUUUAAGCACCUUGAAGGCAAAAAUUUCUUUGAGAGACGUAUAUAUGUCAGUUUUAUGCCAAGAGGUGAUAGAAGGCCAAUAUGCUUAUGUUCUCCAUACAAAAGACCCGUUUACUAAUGAUUCAACUCAUAUUUAUGGAGAAAUUGUAUUAGGGCUUGGGGAAACUCUUGUUGGGGCUUAUGAAGGCAGAGCAUUUUCUUUUAAAGUCAAUAAAGCAGCAUCAGAAUUUACUAUUGAAAACUACCCUAAUAAAUCUGUAGCUUUAUGUGGGGCUGGAUUUAUAUUUAGAUCAGAUUCUAAUAGCGAAGACUUGCCUGGCUUUGCAGGGGCAGGACUUUUUGAUAGCCAUAUUAUGAAUAAGCCAGUGGAAAGAGUCGUUUCAUAUGGAGAGGAAAAAUUAUACCAUGAUGAAGAAUUUGUAAGGGAAAUUGUUUUUAAGCUGAGGGAGUUAGGGAAUGUAAUAGAGACUGCAUUUAGUGGGGUUGCACAGGAUAUAGAAGGUGUAAUUUCUGAUGGAAGAAUUUACGUUGUGCAGUCAAGACCACAAGUUUAG